AUGCCCUCAGAUACUAUUUGGUCAAGUGCUAGUACAUCUCCUAUCCAAUCUACACCACUGUUGUCCACCAACUCAUACAACAAAAACGCUUUUAAAUCUGUAUUGGACCAAGUUGACUCUGAUGUUGCCCGGUUUUUAUCAAACUCAAAUCCGUUAGACCCCUUGGCUAGUGACAGAAGGUUUUCAUUCAAUGAUGGUAGCGAUAUUGAAGAUGACUUUUUUGGUUUGAAAAGGGGUGCAUUAUCAGCAAUUACUGCACCAGUAGGUGGUCAUAAUAAUGGUUCGAACACAUCCCCUGUUAACGGAAACAGAAUUAACUUUGGUACCGCUUCGAUCAGUGGUGGAAUUGCCAGUAGACAUCCACCUCAAGAAAGCUUUUUACAGAAAUUUUCCAAUGUUGCUGAUGCCACGAGAGAAAUUGAGUUGGGUAAAUUAUCUUUGGAUGGGUCAAGAAGAACCAGUUUCACUAAUGAUAGGUAUGGUUCGGGGUCACUUAAUGAAAAUUUAAACAUGCCAGUGCCUCGUAAUUCAAGACACCAAUCAAUUAGUGAGAAAAUUGACAACUACAACAAUAGCUCCCCCAUUCAAGGUAAUGUGUCCAUAAAUGGUGAUUUAGCUCCUGCAGAAUUGAAUAAUGCCACAGCUACUUCAUCACAUGUACCUCAAACAUUUUGGAAUCCAGCAGCCGCAACUUCAUUUACUCCAUACAAUCCCAAUUUUAUGGAAAAUGGCGUUCCAACUCCACCUCCUGCACCAUUUCAAAAUUCAUUUUACCGUAACCCACAACAACAGCAACAGCAGCAACAAGAUACGACUACUACUUCCCCUCCUAUCCCACCUCCAUUUAUGAUUCCUUCCCCACCACCUCAAAUGAUGGAUCCAAUGUUUAGUAUGAUGUAUGGAAAUUUCCCCAUGCCAUUUCCUCCACCGAUGGCGCCACAACUUGCUGAAGAGAAGGAUAAGAAUGAUGACUCUGCCGAAUUUAAUGAGGCUAAAAAGAGUCAGGGACCUAUUGGUGUUGGACUUAUGAAUAGACAAUUCUCUCCAGCGGCAUUUAUGCUUCCAUUUAACCCAUACAUGUAUCAACAAGCACCACCACCAAGUAUGCCAGAUGGAAUGAGAAUGGCAUCGCCAACACCUCCACCACCAUCUUCAUCUACCCAACUGGUUCCUCCAAUGCAACCACAGCCAAAGAAUCACCAAUCAAGUGCAAUUGGAUCGGCACCCCCAUCAUCAUCAGGAGCCACCUCAUCCAAAAAGAAAUCGAACAAGAAGCCAUUCAUUUAUCGUUCUCCAUUACUUGAAGAAGUGCGUGCUAAUCAAAAAGACUUCUCACUAAAGGAUAUUUAUGGCCAUGGAGUCGAGUUUACCAAGGAUCAACAUGGAUCAAGAUUCAUUCAGACAAAGCUACCCCAAGCUAGUGAUGAAGAGAAAGAAGUAAUUUUCAAAGAGAUUUGUGACAUUUCUUUUGAUUUGAUGACUGAUGUAUUUGGUAAUUAUGUUAUGCAAAAGUAUUUUGAAUAUGGUUCAAUUGAACAGAAACAAAUAUUGUUGCAGAAGAUGUUGGGUCAUAUCUAUGAAUUGUCAUUACAAACGUAUGGAUGCAGAGUAGUUCAACGAGCUUUAGAAUCUUUGGAAGAACCUGAUCAGCUAAAAAUUAUUCUUGAGUUGCAAGAUAAAGUACUUGUUUGUGCUACAGAUCAAAAUUCUAACCAUGUGAUUCAAAAAAGUAUUGAACUUAUUCCAUUUGAUAAAGUUCGUUUUAUUCUGGAUGUAUUGCAAACGCAUUUUUACCAUCUUUGUACUGAUCAAUAUGGGUGUCGUGUUGUGCAAAGAUUGAUUCAUUUCGGUAAUGACAAUGAUAAGCAGGAAAUCUAUACUGAGAUCAAAGAUCAUGUGAGUUUUCUUAUUACGCACAAGUUUGGAAACUAUGUGGUUCAAGCAUGUUUGGAAAACUCGCUUCGUGAAAGUGAAAUUUUCACUACUGUUGUUUCCAAAUUUACUCAUUUCGCCACUAACAAGUAUGCGCUGAAUGUAUGUGAGAAAUUAGUUGAUCUUGCAACUCAACUGCAGAUUCAACAAAUUUUGGAAGUUGUUAUGCAAGGCAAUGAAUUAGAGAGGAUCAUGGGUGAUGAAUAUGGUAACUAUGUCGUACAGAAAAUUGUAUCUGUUCUUGAUGGAAAUAGCCCCGAUAAGAAAAAAUUGGUGGUUAAGUUGCAGCAAUUGUUGUCAAGAAACAACAGUGGGAAAAAGAGUGUGGAGAAGAUUUUGUCCUUGUGUAUGGAAAACACUGGGAACAGCAACGUGUAA